UCUUCUAUACGCUACCAGUAUCAGAAUACCCAACACUCAAGGGUAAUGAAUUUAAAAUAUAAAUCGAAAUAUAAAAAAAUCAAGAGACAAAUAAAGCAGCUGGUUUUUGAAAAUGCUUCAUUAUGUGAUGAAGUGUCUCAGAUUCAACUGGACCUGAAAAUAGCACGUGAGGAAAGAAGAUUCCUUAUAAAACGACUGAUGCGCCAUGAGGGAUUUGAUGAAACCACGGACAAAGUUGCCGAUGCCACUAGCACUACUUCACAGAAACUAAAUAACGUCCCAAAGAAAAGGGGUCCAAAGAAACGCGUUACUUUAAAUUAUGGCAGUAAUGUGGAUGAUAUUGAAAAGCUGAAACUCAUGUGCGAAGAUAAAGUCGAUGUCGAUGCACAGGGAAAACCCAAAAUGCCCAUUAACUUAUCCAAUGUAUUGAUACACUCAUUGGGUGAAAUUCUCCCUUCAAAUCCGAAUUUCCAUAAUUCGAAUUGGAUCUAUCCCGUGGGUUAUGUUGCCACACGUAUAUAUGCUCAUCCCAAAGAUCCGCAAAGAAAAUGCGUCUUUACUUGCAAGAUUUUAAAUAAUGCCGGCUAUCCACAAUUUCAAAUCAUACCAGACAACGAUCUGGAUAGUGUAUUCUUUGGCGAAACUGCUGAUAUAUGUCAUCGUACUCUCCUGGAGACCCUGAGAAGAUCACUGUCUGAAGGCACACGGGUACCUAUGAAUGUACAAGGAGAGAAAUUCUUUGGACUGUCGAAUAGUAUUGUACAAUCACUUUUGAGACUGGAUCCUUCAUUUAAGUUAUGUACAAAUUUUAAAGAGUUUUUAAAUAAGAACGAAUCGCCCGGGCAGACCAAUAUUCCGGAGGAAAAGGAUCCCACAAUGUCAUUCGAAGCGUUGUCACUCAUUACAAUGUCAGCAUAUCAUACGAUGCCGGAAAUUAAGGAUGAACCACCAGAUGAGUUGUUUGACUUAAACUAA